AUGAACCGAUCACACGGGAGAAGACUGAGGCUGUGUAAAACACUGAGCGUCCUCUGCGUGACUCUCAUGUGCUGGAUCUGCUGGCUAUCAUUGAGCAGAAGUCAGAACGUUUGGAAGAGAAGCGUUCAUGAACGAGAAACAGCUCCGAGGUCGUCUUACGAAGCCAGAACCGAUCUGGACAUGAGUCCCUCCUUAAAGAUACUCAAAUCACGAGACUAUUCUAGAUGCAUUUAUAUCAGCGCUAAACCCAAAGCUCCAGUCAACACCAGCGGUGUCACCAGAACACCUUCAGCUCCUCUCAGAACCCUUCACUAUCCAGAAGAUCUCUUCACGUUAGAGCAGCGCAGACACGGCUGGGUUCUUCUUCACAUCGCUGCUCUGAUUUACACCUUCUUUGCUUUAGUCAUCGUGUGCGAGGAGUUCUUCAUCCCGUCUUUGGGAAUCCUGACAGAGAAGCUCAACGUCUCCGCAGAUCUCUCAGCGGUGAACUUCAUGGCCGCCGGAGGUUUUGUACCCGAGUUCUUCAUGUCUCUCAUGGGACUCUUUCUCUCCAGCGGUCGCGUGGGUGUCGGAGUCGUCGUGGGUUCAGGGUUUUUUAACGUUCUGGCUGUUACGGGCGCGUGCGCCGCGUUCUCUCACGACACCCUCAGAUUGACCUGGUGGCCGUUCUGCAGGGAUGUGAUGUUCUACACGUGUGAUGUGUUCAUCCUGCUCGUGGUUCUCAUGGAUGACCUCAUCACCUGGCGGGAAAGCCUGUCGCUUCUGAUGGGGUGUGUGAUGUACGUCACCUUCAUCAAACACAACGAGAUUCUAGAAGAAAGCGUCAAAGUGUACCUGCAGAAACACGACAACAUCACUAAAGUUCUGGCCAUCGAUGAACCUGAGAAGUUGAGGUGUGAUGCGUUUAGAGGAUCAGACUCUCUGCGUAUCUGCACAUCACGCAAGACUGUUUAUCAGCUUAUAAUGGACGACACAAAUCCCUUCAGACACACAGCAGGUGUCAAUACGAGAAAACAUUCAACAAUAUCUGCACAGCCAAACCCAGCAGAACCUUCUGGACAUAAAGAUGAAGAACAACAGACCAGAGAGUCUGAGAGCAGUGAUGAGGAGGAGGAAGACGAUGAAGAUGAUGAAGAGAGUGACAGCAGUGAUGGAGAUGACAGUGAUUUCUCUGGUGAUGAAGAAGAAAGCAGUGAUGAUGAUGAUGAGGAGGAGGAGGAUGAAGGUGUAAGAGAUGUGGCCCUGUCUCUUAAAUGGCCGGAGGAGAAACACAAACAGGCUUCAUAUGUUCUGUUAUUACCCAUCACCGGCUGUCUGUGGUUGACCCUUCCUGACCCCCGCAGACAGACUUCACAGCAGUAUUUUGUGUUGACUUUGAUGGGUUCUCUGGUCUGGAUUGGACUCUUCUCUUAUUUGAUGUUGUGUUUGUCUCAUCGGGUGAGUGAGACUUUGGGUGUAUCUGAAGAGUUGAUGUCUGUGAGCGUUCUGUCAGCGGGUGUUUCUCUACCUCAUCUCCUCACAGCUCUUCUAAAGGCACACAAGGGUUCCGCUGACACCGCCGUGUCCAACUCAAUGGGCAUCAAUGUGUUUGACAUCACCCUCGGACUGCCGGUGUCGUGGCUCGUGUCAUCAGCGGUUAGUGGAGGAUCUGUUGUGUCGGUCAGUGGCGGCGGACUCUUCUUCAUCGUUCUUCUGUUCCUCCUCACAUUGAUCUCUGCUGUCGUCUGCGUCGCUGCUCUCCGCUGGAGGAUGAACAAACGGUUCGGUGGCGUGAUGCUGAUGUCAUAUUUCAUCUUUCUGUUUCUCAGCGUGCUGUUAGUGUGA